AAGGAGGCAACCACAGCCUUAUACUUAAUAUUUUUCUACUUUCUACUUUCUACUUUCUACUUUUAUUUACUAAAUCCUCCUCCACAUCCUUUGGGAGGUAGUCAUCUAAGUAACCCUUCCUUACUUUACCUCUUGUCAUUAUAAUAAGUACUGCGGCCGACUUACUCUAUCUAUCCAUAUCACUGGCUUCAGAGCCUUACCCUCCGAGUAAUCAUGCUCUCACAACAACUAGCUCAGCAAAGGGCAGAGUCUCAAGAUCCUCCUCCUCCUCUAUCAGAUCCUACUCCUGCUCCUCGUGGCUCUUUAAUUGAUGCGGCAAUCGACCAGUUGUUAAAAGACCAACCCAGCGAAGAUGACGUUAACUACAUUUCCAAGUCUCGAGAGAAGUCAGAUCUCAUUAGGCUUCUACACGUUCACGUUGAAUGUAAUGAUGGGGAUACUCUAGUUAUCGUUGACUUCCCUUCAGGUUAUUUAAGUUGUGCGAGGGAAGAGUGGAUCUCAAAACGCUUUUGCGUCCAUUCAGAGAAGCUCCUUGCUACUGGUUCUAAGGUCUUCGCAAAUUUAUUGUCGUCCAAGAAACAAGCCCGCUUCCGGAAGAGACUGGAACUUGCUGGUGAAAUUCUUCUACAGAAAUUCAUUAUUGAUCUCACUCCUUCGGCUGAGGGAGACGACCUAGCUGCCCAGCUCAUAGGCUUGUCUUUACCUCCUGGCGUUACCGAUUGGUGGACGUCAAAGGAGAGACUUGGUAUAUCGCCAUAUCUAGUUUCGGGACACGAUGAUCACUGUCCCCAUCACGACGAAGUUCCUAUAGACUGUGUAAAUAAGUCGGCAUACAUAGAACAGGAAUUGGGACUCAGAGAACGUCUUCCAACAAUCGACCUAGUUGACAUCGAAACGAUAAAAUCCAGGACUAUUGACGACUACUGCCCUAUCCGUCAUCGCGUCAACAUCGUUCGUCUCCUUUUGGCGAUAGAGGGUUAUGAUCUAGUCUUGAAUUCGGCAUCUCGUGUCUAUACGCUCACAAGUAUUGCCAGCAUACUAGAUUGCACACGUGUUAUUCGAGACUCCGUGUAUACUUGGCUUUUAGCAGAACCCAACACCGAGUUUAUUGAUAUCAAUGCCGAAGUUGCGUUUAAAAUCGCGUGGACGUUGGAAAUAGAUAGUAUCACCCGAGCCGCGUUUCGCAUCCUCGUCGUUGAGAAGGCCCUGGAUACUCUUGCUGCUCAACCCCCGGCGGAAAAAAAUCAGUAUACAAUUUUCGGUCGCCCUCGUGUAGAUCUACCUGACGAUCUGCAGACCGUUAUUCAAUAUGCAGCACAAAAACUUGCCGAUCGUGUUCACCAGACACUUGCAAAGUUUAGAUCAGAUCAGUUCUAUGAGGUGUUUGAAAUAUCGGAAUAUCGAAAGUUCGUAGAAGCCGGCGACAUCAUUCGCACGGCCAUUUCUACCGGCUCAAGCCCUAGCAGCGUCCAGUCAAUCUUGAAGACAGAUUCCAAACGCGAUAAACUACUAGAUAGACUACUUGAUUCGUUCUCCACCCUUUAUACAAAGCUACAAGAAUAUAAGGAUUAUAUAAUACAGACGGCAACACAUGCCGUAGCUGAGUAUGACCAGCAAAGCGCCUACGAUCGCGAUCGCCGAUGUUAUGUGGAACAUCCAAGACGAAUUCCUACUUCCAUUAUCGCCAGCAAUUUCACCGAUGCCCAACAUCUUCUAACCCCGUGGUUUUGGGUUUAUCUGGCUUCAUAUCCUGUCGACUACCUGGGGCCAUGCUAUCUCGUCGAUUUUCUGACUCCAUACGUGGACGAUUUCAACGACAGACUAAUCAAAGCGACACCCUACCUCCCCCAUCGAGGUAGCUCUAAUAAAGUAGCGACCAGGUUCCACCUGGAGAACUUUCGCAUCGAGCUUCACGUUGCUGUAACAAACUUAUGGACUGCCUGGACAAGCCCCGAUUUGGAAGUGUCACUCACUAGAACGCAACACAUCGUCCUAUCACUAUCGGAAGACGAGUUCCAGUAUCUCCCCCUUUGGGCCGGCGGACUCAACGACGGGAGCGGCGGCGUUUUUCAAUCCACCGUCCCAGACGCUGAUUUGGGCCCAAUCGGCCCCGGACCAGCCUACCGCACGGGUAAUACAGUAGCGACAGAUACUUCGAGCAUCUGCCAAUCCGACAAGACGCCCAGCGAAGCCAGUACCGCCACCUUAACCGCCGGACGGUCCGUAAACGCCGUGCCGUCAAAUAUGGGACCCAGCACCGUCCACGACGGUACAUCUGUAUCUACAUCGGACAGCCGCAUCUCAUUCACACCGGCAGCGAGCACGGCAGGGUCAACGGCGACCUUGGAUAGAGACGAUAGCGACGGAUAUGAAUCUGAUGACAGCGAUGAGAUUGACGAGGAUGCCUGGUCUCAGGUCGAAGAGCCUUUGACGUAGUGAUAGAUGUACAUAUUUGGGAUAUGGGGCAUAUGGUACGGAAUGUAUUGGCUGGAUAGCAAUAUAAUAAAUAAUAGGGGCGCGAGGCUCCGGUAAGUACCUAAAGCAUGAUUUCAGGCUGGGUUAAUCUACGGGGGGUUAUGUUCACGUCGGUUAGAGAGAAUAAGUUACGAGGUGAAACGAAAUAGGGGAUACGUCUUCGUCGAGGUUGCAUACCUAGGUACUUAGGAUAGGAGUAUAUGAUGUGCGGCGUUGGCAUGAAUGGAUAUCCAUAGAUGCGUUACCGUGAUAUCCAGGGUAGAACCGAACCUAAUAAACACAAAAAUUUACUCGUUA